AUGGAGUUGGAGAAAACCUACGCGACCCCCCGGACCGGCCGCACAGGACAUGGAGGCGUGAAUCAGCUGGGGGGUGUUUUUGUGAACGGCCGCCCCCUCCCCGAUGUUGUUCGCCAAAGGAUCGUGGAGCUCGCCCACCAAGGGGUCCGGCCCUGUGACAUCUCCCGGCAGCUCCGCGUCAGCCACGGCUGCGUCAGCAAAAUACUUGGCAGGUAUUAUGAAACUGGGAGCAUCAAGCCUGGAGUGAUCGGAGGAUCCAAACCAAAGGUUGCCACGCCCAAAGUUGUGGAGAAAAUCGCCGAGUACAAGCGCCAAAACCCCACCAUGUUUGCCUGGGAGAUCAGGGACCGGCUCCUGGCCGAGCGCGUCUGUGACAACGACACGGUGCCCAGCGUCAGCUCCAUCAACAGGAUCAUAAGGACCAAGGUGCAGCAGCCACCCAAUCAGCAGGUCCCAGCCUCCAGUCACAGCAUAGCCUCCACGGGGUCUGUGACCCAGGUGUCCUCUGUCAGCACCGACUCAGCUGGGUCAUCCUACUCCAUCAGUGGGAUCCUGGGCAUCGCCUCCCCUGGCACCGACAGCAACAAGCGCAAGAGGGAUGAAGGCAUUCAGGAAUCUCCAGUACCAAAUGGCCAUUCUCUCCCAGGCAGAGAUUUUCUCCGGAAGCAGAUGCGAGGAGACCUCUUCACCCAGCAGCAGCUAGAAGUCUUGGACAGAGUCUUCGAGAGGCAACAUUAUUCUGACAUCUUCACAACCACUGAGCCCAUCAAACCAGAGCAGUGGUGCUCCAUGCUGAUGAGGCAGUGCGUGGUACAACCCCAGGCAGUCAUUUUUCAGGCGACAGAAUACUCAGCCAUGGCAACAUUAGCUGGUGGAUUGGAUGACAUGAAGGCCAAUAUAACCAGCCCAACUUCUGCAGAUUUGGGAGCCAGUGUCCCCGGGCCUCAGUCCUACCCCAUUGUCACAGGUCGCGAGCUGGCGAGCACAACCCUCCCUGGAUACCCUCCACACGUCCCCCCCGCCGGACAGGGCAGCUACUCUGCUCCAGCACUGACAGGGAUGGUGCCUGGGAGCGAGUUUUCUGGGAGCCCAUACAGCCACCCACAGUAUUCCACCUACAACGACUCCUGGAGGUUUCCCAACCCUGGACUCCUGGGUUCCCCAUACUAUUACAGUGCAGCAGCCCGUGGGGCAGCCCCCCCAGCAGCCACUGCCUACGAUCGGCACUGA